AUGGUGAGUCGGGUUUUUGGAGCUUUUCAGACCUUACGGUAGAUUACGGUAACUAUCAAAAUAUUACGGUGUUUUCCUUGGAGCUUGUCGUUGGAAAUCAGUGCAUCUGGCUUUUGGAAACUUACCUUUUUUUCGGUAUUAAUUCAGGUAUAUUGGUUUUUUUAAAAGCUUCAUUAAGUCAAUUUUUUUAUGCUACCGUAGUUUGAAUUACUGUAAGUUUGAAACUAUGCGAUUUAAUCAGUUCAAAACACAGAUAAGUUACCAUCCUCGUGUUAAAAUUCAAAGAAAUUUCGAAGUAAUGAAGAAAAAUCAGCAGGAACCAAGCUACCGUAACCUAAGUUUACUGUAGAAAUUCAAAAAGUUAGUUAAGAUGAAACUUUUCAAAAAUCUUCAAAAACCUUCUUAUUUUUUUCAUUUUUCAAAAAAAUAUUUCUAGGAAAAUAAUCCCAAAAAAAAAAAUUUCCCACCUUUCAGCACACAAAGCUUCCACUUAGAAAAAUUCGAAACUUAAAAAAAAAGGCAAAAAAUUGAAAAAAAAACCCCUGAAAAGCAUCAAGUUCUUGAUCACAUUAUUCAUUUAAGCUUUAAAAAAAAUAAAAUCCAUUUUUUUUCUAUGUUAUAGUUCUGCGCCUUCAAUAACCUGACGAGGAUUCUCGAAAUAAAAAAAUUUACAAGUUUCAACAAAAUCUGAAGUGCUCCAAGGCCGAUUCCCACUAAAAACAAGCAAAAAAUAUACCCCCAAAUCAAGCAAUCGCGUCGGAAAUCCAAACAAUGUCCAUUCGAUUGACAAAACGUCGACAUCCUAUUCAAAUUAUCCAUUUUAUGGCGGCAGAUGUUCGGUCCGUCGUUCGUUUGUUUCAGCUUCCAGUGCCCCUGCAAGAAAAAGAUCGAUAAAUUGCGAAAUUGUCCAAUUUUUUUUUCUGCUCUGGAAGUGAAAUGGGGCCAAUUUUCUCCAGUCACAAAAUGUUGCGUUUAGGGAAUUGAAACAUUUUUUUCUGAGCCGAAAAAAAGAAAAAAUUACAGAGAGAGGUGAUUUCGAUCCACAUCGGCCAAGCCGGCGUUCAAAUCGGCAACGCUUGCUGGGAGCUCUACUGCCUCGAACAUGGUAUCUAUAAUCAUUGUAUCAGUUUUGAAGAAAAACCUAAAUCAGACACAAAAGUCGCCCAAAAAAAGUUAUUUUCAAAAAUGCCAUGCUGAAAGAAAAAAAAAGAGAAUGUUCCAAAUCUCAACGGGAAAUACAAUAACCAAACAAUAGAUUAACAAAUGUUAAAAAAUAAUGAGGAACUUAUGAAAUCAAAAAACAACAUGAAAAGAGAACUCUCACAAACCCUUCAACCAAAAAAUUGAUAUAACAAGAGCAAAAAAAUAUUACAAAAAUUUUAAUAAUUGCAUUGAUUUAAAUUUUUGAAUUAGAACGAGGAAUUCCGUUCAAAACCUACCGAGUAACGCAAAUUUAAAUUCUUCUACACAGAAAAAAAUACAUUUCUUUAAGCAAACUCAUUGAAAAAACUCAUUAAAAAGGAAAAAGCUGAAAAUUAACAAAAAAAAAAUGAAUAUUUGGCGUAUUUUAAAAUGCAACUUACGCAGAUAAGCGGUGUAUACAGAAGUAAGGAUUACAGUACACAUAAAAUUUUGAGUUUGGCGCCUUUUCCACUUUUACAAUUUUCUUUUUCCUUGUUAGGCGUAAUAUUCUCGCGAAGGAAUAUUGAUUUAACGAAUAAGAAAACAGAGAUUGUAUAAUUUUAAACAGAGAUAGUAAAAUUUACUGAUAAGAGAACAGAGAUAGUAUAAUUUUUCGGAUAAAAAUAAUUGAAUUUUUCUUUUAAAUUCCAGCACAAGACUACAUUUUUGUUCAGGAAUCCAGCCGGACGGUCAGAUGCCGUCGGACAAGUCGCUCGGCGGCAGCGACGACUCCUUCUCGACCUUUUUCUCGGAAACCGGCAACGGUCGUCACGUUCCUCGUGCAGUGAUGGUGGACCUCGAGCCGACGGUUAUUGGUGGGUUUUGCGUUCAGGUGGAUCCGUGGCUUCCGUAGCGCAGUAGGCAGCGCGUCAGUCUCAUAAUCUGAAGGUCGUGAGUUCGAUCCUCACCGGGAGCAAUCACCUUUUUGCAAUUUUUUUCGACUUGAAAAAAAUCGCAAGAUCUCAGAGAAACCACGAAUUUUCCAUUUCAAUGGGAUAUCUAUGUGUGUGGAAUCUAAUUGUUUGCCGACUCAUCUGUUGGACCCGAAAAUGGCGGCGAGGAUCGAUCCUCGGCGCGCCUUUUAUGGAGGCCAGGCGGAAGGAAAAAAUGAGGCUUUUGGGGGCAUUUCGAGGCCGAAAGCCUGGUAAUUGGCAAGGCCUUUGAAUGCGUCAAAUGAGGGAAUUGUUGUGAAAUGGAUGGAUAGUGGAAACUGAAAAAUUUUAAUGACUGGAUCCUUUUUUUUAUUGUACUCUGAACUUUUUAAUUUAAAAUUUUUUUUUUUCAAAUAUGGGCCUAAUUAUUGGCCAUCAUUCGAAUUAUUUUGCUAUAAAAUCGCUAAUUUUCAAAAUUUGUGUUUAAUUCUGUACUUCUUCACAAUUUCAAUACGUAAAAAAAGUGAGACUAAAGAUUAAAAAUAUUUAUAACUUAGGAACUUCAAAGUUGUCCCUAUAGGGUCUUUGAAGGGUCUUUCCUAGGGACGCACUUGGAAUGGCUUUUUCAUAAUAUAAGAAAAAAACAAAAUUUCCCACGAAAGGAUGUAUUUUUUUCCAAGAUUAUCAACAUAGCGCAUUUCCCCAUUUUUUUCAACCCACAAAUUUUCUUUAAUCUGAAUAAUUUUUUCAUCAAUCUCUUCCAAAACUCCUCUGAAUUUUUCAAUAGAGCGCACAAGCUCAAAUCUCUCACGGCGAUUUUUUUUUUCGCGGCUCGUUCCGGGGGCCAGCUCUAAUAUGGCAAUUGAUCAUGUUGGAAGAGUUUCGAGUGGCUCCCAAGGGAUUCCGGAAGCUUCUCAAAUGGGUCGAUUUGCCAUGAAACAUGCACAUACAACAUGCAUUCUAAACGGCUCCUGCGGUUGUUGUUUCCAGAAUUGAAAAAAGGAAGAAGAGGAAAACUUUAAAAGGGUCUGAAAAAUUGAAAAAAAGUAGAUCAAAAAAAAUUCUUUUAUUUUCGAUACACAGACUUUUUAGUUUUUUAUUCAGAAAAGUUUAACUAUUUGGAAGAAAGUUUCUUUAUGUGAUACCUGAAAAAACUCCCAAACGAUUUUAUCAGCUUCAAACUUCGAAAAUCCUAGAAACAACUAUCCAAGUCAUUCUUCCACCCAAAAAACUGAAGAAGUGCACCGAAAAAGUACUCAGAAAUUCAUUGUGCUCACAUCUCCUCAUUCCGAAUGUAUGGAAUGGAGACAUCUCUCAUUUGGCCCCCAUAUGUUGGGAAGUAAGAAACGCAUUAAAACUCGAUGCGAACGCGUUUCUCGUCUAGACAAAAAAAAAAGUGAUGAGAAAGAUGAGGGCGAAGGGCAAAUUUAAUGCCUUGGGAUCAUGAAAUAACCAGAAAUUCCUAGAAAACAGCCGUUCUUGGAAAAAAAAAUGGCAAAAAUUGGUUUGCUCCCGGUGAGGAUCGAACUCACGACCUUCAGAUUAUGAGACUGACGCGCUGCCUACUGCGCUACGGAAGCCGCCGGACGUUGGCCGCGCCGAGAGUAACUAGUUUGAUGGGUUCUGCGCUCAUAUGAUAAUAUAUCAAUUGAAGUAUAUGAUUUUUUUGAGUUUUUUUGAAGAAGUAGAAACUUCAGAUGAAAUCCGGACCGGUACCUACCGGUCACUGUUCCAUCCGGAACAGCUGAUUACUGGAAAAGAAGACGCGGCGAAUAACUACGCCCGUGGACAUUAUACCAUUGGAAAGGUUGGUUUUCUAACUGAAUUUGAGGAAAAAUUUGUUUUUUGACUUUUCAGAGCAAAAAAAUAGAAAAAGGACCAUUUUGCACUUUCUGAAAUGAAAAAAUCGCCAAUUUUCCAACACUAUUCUGUUGUAAAAUCUGUUUUGAACAAAAAUUCGAAAAGAUUAAAUCAAAGAAUCAGCAAAUUUCUUCUGUUUUACUCAAUACAACCAUAGAAAAAUAGGUAAAACGUUUACAAAUUAACAUAUUGAAAAAGGAAUCUCAUUUAUUUUUUUCAAGGAAAUCAUCGAUUUGACCUUGGAUCGAAUCCGUCGACUCGCCGACAACUGCACAGGCCUUCAGGUUAUACUUCGUUCAUUUUAUAAAAAAACUUGGUUUUUUUGUGACAUUUCUACCAAGAAUAUUAAAAAAACUCAAGUAAUCUUUUUCGAAAAAAAUUAUCAGAGCUGAGAGUGAAAAUGAAAAAAAGUGAUUUUUCAAAAAUUCAAAGCGUCUUGUUAACCGGACGUGUCGGGGAAGUUCUAGAGACCACUAUAGUAGCUUCAGCACUCUUAAGUGAUCCCUAGAAUUGCUUAGGAACAUCCGGUUUUCUUUUAGACCAGCCAAAUAAAGGGAAAAUUUCGCUGGAGCGCACUUGGCUUCAAAUAAUUAGCCGUAAAAUACGACAAACUAUUUAUUUAAGACUUCAUCUUCACAAAGAGAUCACAAAAGUAAUUUCAUUUUUUUUAAUCGAAAAAACUUUCAUGAAACAGUAAGUUAGGCUUUAAAUUUCUUUUAAAAAAAAGAAAUUAUUUUUUUAAAAAAUAAUCCUACGGAUUUCUGAAUUGUAUUUUUUUGAAAAACCGAGUUUCGAAAACUUAUCGAUUAUUAAUUUGAAGAAUAUAAUUCGAUUUCGCUUAAAAAUUAAGUAAAAAAAGUAAAAAAAUCAGGGCUUAAAUUUCUAUAAAUAAAAUUAUUAACUUGAUAAAUCGAUAAUUUUCCAGGGAUUCCUGGUUUUCCACUCGUUUGGCGGUGGAACCGGCUCCGGAUUCACUUCACUUUUGAUGGAGCGACUUUCCGUCGACUACGGAAAAAAAGGCUAAACUCGAGUUCUCCGUCUAUCCGGCCCCACAGGUACUUCUUCAUCAUGUUCUCAAUAAAAAAUCGAGAAAUUUCAUAGUUUUUUUGUUCAACUUUAGUUAUUUUCAAUGUGAAUAUUGAGAGUUCGAAGGUUCAGAAAAUAUUUCAAGACCAUUCUAAUACAAGUUUUGAAAAAAAUUCCCUUCGAUCAAGAGUUGUAAAAAUAUUUUUUUAUCGUAAAAAAAUGACUCCCAAAAAUCUUCCUUGAACGUUUGAAGGCUUUUUAAGAUUUUCAAAAAGUAAUAAAACUACGUUCGAAAAAAAAAACAAAUGCGGUCAUUGCUCACAGAAAAGUAACAAAACAUCAAAAACUUUUGAAAAAAUCCCUAAAAGGACCACUUGCAAGUCUGAAGAGCUCAUAGAUACAAAAUGCGUCUCAAUUCCAAAAGGAAAUCCCUAAAAUGGUCACUUACAUAUUUAAAGAGCUGAAAAAUAUAAGAAGAUCCGUUUGAAGUUCAAAAAACUACGGCCAUUGCUCCCAGAAAAAAAAAAGAAAAACAUCCCUAAAAUGACCACUUGCAUGUCUAAUGAGCUCAAAAAUAUGAAAAAUACAUUGAAACUUGAAAAAAAAAAUCCUCAAAAUUGUCAUUUACCUGUCUUGAAAGCUUAAAAGUAUAUGAAGCAUUUUUUAAAUUCCGAAAAACUAGGUGAUUGUUCCAAAAAAAUUCCCUUAAAUAAUCACUUGCAACAUAAAACCGAAAAUCCCUAAAAUGAUCACUUGCCCAUCUAGAGAGAUCGAAAAUAAGAAAAAUAUGCUCGAAUUCCAUGAAAACUGCGGUCAUUUCACCUAUUAAAAUAGUGAAAAAUCGAAAAAGAUCUAAAAAAUUCCCUAAAAUGGUCACUUACAAAAUGAAACCGAAAACCCCUGAAAUGACCACUUGCAUGUCAAAAGAACUCAAAAAGGAAAAAAGCAUGCUCAAAUUUCAAAAAACUGCGGUCAUUUGACAUAUAAAAAAAUAGUGAAAAAAAUCGAAAAAAAGAUCAAAAAAAAUCCCUAAAAUGGCCGCUUACAUGUCUAAAGAGCUUGAAAAUAAAUGAAAUAUGCUCCAAUUCCCAAAAAAUGCGGUCAUUUCUCUCAUUAAAGUGAAGAAAGAUCUAAAAUCCCCCACAAAAAAUCCCAAAAAUGACCACUUGCAGGUCUCGACAGCCGUCGUCGAGCCGUACAACUCCAUUCUCACCACACACACAACUUUGGAGCAUUCCGACUGCUCUUUUUAUGGUUGAUAAUGAGGUUUUUUUUGAUUAUUAAAAAAAUAUAUAUAAUUUCAAAGAGGGAAAAAAUAGUUGAAAAUAUGAUGAAACUUAGCCAAUUCAAAAAAAUUUUUCAAAUAGUUUUUUUGUCAUAAAAAAAUUCCCCUUAUUGAAUCUUCAAAUUUACCUAAAAUUCUCGAAAAUGCGAACAGUUUCCCAAAAUUUCCAACUUAUAAUGGGCGAAUUAGUGAAGAAAUUUGUUCAAAACUUAUAAAUUUUUCCAGGAAACAGUGAAGAGAGAUUUACUCAAUAAAUUUCAAUUUUUUUCUCUUUUUUUCCCAAAAAAACUUUUUAUUCAUAUAACUUCUGUAUGAACUUAUUGAAACAUAUAUUCAAAAACAGUUUUUUUCAAUAAUAAUAUCAUUUUUUUCAAUUAAAUUCAGGCAAUUUACGACAUUUGCCGACGAAAUUUGGACAUUGAACGGCCCAGCUACACCAAUUUGAAUCGUUUGAUUGGUGAGGAAAUGAUUUUUCCUUUAAAAAAAUCAUGAAAAAUCUGAAUUAGGACCGAUUCAAACCAUUGUAAGACUUAAAAAAUCGAGAGAUUUAACUAUAAAUGGAGACUUGGACAUAUUUAUAAUUUUCUUAUCGUGUCUGGAUCUCUCCUUACUUCCCAUACUUUCUAGCUAGUAUUUCUACACGUAAUUCAAACGGAUAGAAUAUGAAAAAGAGUCAAGAGUCGAAAAAAACAGAAUAUUCCUAGCUUCAGAGUGGCCCCCAUAGGGGCAACCUUGAAGGCUCUUGAAGGGUUCCCUCAAAGGGCCGCUAUAUCUCUCCCACUAAAGCUUGCAGGAGUGGCCCCUAUAGUGAUUCCUACACUUCUUUUCAUCUUGCAGAUCAUAACAGAAAUUUAAAAUUCCCCUAUAGGGACCACUUCAGCUUCAGGGAUCAGUCCUUUAACCCCUAUUAGGACCACUUAGUUUUAAGCACUCUAGGGAGCAUUAUUGCGUCCCCUAUAGGGACCACUUGAACCUUAUGGGGAUUGAUAAUCAGUGUCCUAACCCCUAUAGGAACCAUUUAGAUUUCGGCGCUCUACAGAGCAUUGUUCUGUCCCCUAUAGGGACCUCUUGAACCUUAUGGGGCAUUGGGAAUCCGUCCCUUGACCCCUAUAAGGACCACUCAGAUUUAAGCACUCCAGGGAGAAUUAUUUUGUCCCCUACAGGGACCACUCAAACUUUAUGGGAUUAGGAAUCCGUCUCUUAACCCCUAUAGGGACCACUUAGAUUUAAGCACUCUAGGGAGCAUUAUUGUGUCCCCUACAGGGACCACUCAAACUUUAGAAAAUUAGGAUUAGUCCCUUAACCCCUAUAGUGACCAUCCAGCACUGUAGAGAGCAUUCCUUGUCCCUCAUCGCGGCUGUUUUUUCCCUAACCCCUCUAGGGACCCCUCUGGCGUUUCAUUGUUGGCUCAAAAUUAUCCUUUUCUUCUUAAAAAAUGAACUUUUAAAUACGAAAUUCCAGGCCAAAUCGUUUCCUCAAUCACUGCGUCUCUCCGGUUCGACGGUGCUCUCAACGUCGAUCUCACCGAAUUCCAGGUAAUUUAUUAAUUUGAAGUGAUGAGAAAUCAAUAAAGCACCCUUAAAAAGGCGGUUUGAAGGUUUUGAAAACGACUAUUUUUUCAAUUUCCAAAACUUCUGGGAAAAUUUUGUGGCCACUAUAGGGUUUUGACGUUUCAGUGGCCGCUAUAGCAGUGAAAUCAGUGGCCACUUAAGGGGUUAACAAUUAGUGGCCACUAUGGAGGUCUAAGUGCUACUACUAGACCACUAAACCUUUUAGUGGCCACUUUAGGGGCCAAUGGAUCAACAUAACUGGUCCAAUCUGUUUGUUUUAAAAUCAUCAGAGUUACCGGAAGGAAUACUGGAUGAAAAACUACUGAAGUGGCCACUAAAAAAGAAAAUAAUGGCCACUAUAGAGGUUCGCUAAUUAGUGACCACUUUAGUGUCCUCUCCAAGUAGUCCUUGGCGAGCCUCUAUAUUGGCCACUAAACAUUUUCACAAGAACAUCUGGAAAAAAAAUAAUAAGAUGGGAACGACCACACAAAAAUAUUAUUCAAGAAACUGGUAAACUCAAUAUAAAGUUACUGUGAAACAAAGGUUUCGCUGGUUGUCCUUCCACUAGAAAAGUUUAGGAAUUCCAGAGUGGUCCCUUCAGGGGUUAGGGUGGAUAAACCCACAUAGGAGCUGAACAAGUGGUCCCUAUAGAGGUUUAGGGUCAGACCUCUCAGCCUCUAAAGCUAAAGUGGUCCAUAUAGGGAUUAGAAAGGAAAAAAAACCCCUAUAAGGGCCGUAAAAGUGGUCCCCAGAAGGGGUAAAAUCAAGGUGAUCCCUAGAGGGGUUCAGGGUCUGACUUCUCAACCCUUAAAGCUUCAGUGGCCCCUAUAGGGUUUCCUCCAAGAGCUCCUAAGAUUGCCCCUAUAGGGACCCCUCUGGAGUUCCUAAGCAUACAAAUAUCAUCCUCGGUCAUUAUUGCAGACCAAUCUCGUACCGUACCCCCGGAUUCAUUUCCCGUUGGCCACAUUUUCGCCGGUGAUUUCGGCCGAAAAAGCCUACCACGAGCAACUUUCCGUCGCCGAAAUCACCAAUAUGUGAGUUUUUUUUCAAAUUAAUAAUAUUAUUUAUUCACAGGCAGAACAAAAAUAACAUGUACAAAAAAAAGAAAGAAAAAAUUGGCACUUGAGGCCCUCAAGCCCAAAAUUUUGAACUAGAAAAAAGUUUUCAACCUUAGUUUUUUUCCUGUUUCAAACCAGUUUCAAAAUGAAAAUAAAGUUUUCUUUUAUAGUUUUGAUGGCUAUUGUUUUCAAAAUGAUAAUAAAUAUUCAAUUUACGGUUAUUAGCAUGAAUUUCAAACAAAAAAAGUAUCUAAAUAAAAUUAAAAAUUAUAUUUAGCUCAAAAAUGAAAAAAAUCAAGCUUUAAUUUUAUGAUAAAAACCAUUUCAAGAGAAGAAAAAUCAAUAUAUAAAGCACAAAAAAAGUUUCUUGCUCAAAAAAAUUAUGAAUUUAUGAGAUUUGCCUGAACUUUCCUAUUAGAAAAAAACUUAAAAAAAUGAUUAUUAACGCUAGAAAAAAAUUUACAAAUUUCUAUAUUUAAUAAAGACUUUAGAAAAACUGCUCAAUUUAAAAAAAGAAAAAAACUUGAAAAAUCGAGGGAAUAUUUAGAAAAUAACCAUUUUCCAGGUGCUUCGAGCCAAACAACCAAAUGGUGAAAUGUGACCCCAGACACGGAAAAAUACAUGGUUAGCCGAUUUUUCUGUUUCCAAAAACUAUCAAAUUUCAAAAAUCUUGGUAACGAUUAAUGCUCGAGAACUAAAAUUAAGACCUUAAAAAAAUUUGAUGGUGAGGGAAAAGAGAACGCAGACAGGUCAGACGGUUUAAAACUCGUCUCAAAUAGUUUAUAUGUCGAUCUUCUUCAAUAAAAUGAAACUAAGGUCCAUUUUCGGGCAUUAUCGAAUCGAAAAAGCCUACAGAAUCAAUUAUUAAAUCAUCUUUUCGUCUUUUGAGUUACUAUUUUCAGGCCGUUUGUCUACUUUUCCGUGGCGAUGUUGUGCCAAAAGACGUUAAUGCAGCUAUCGCCACGAUUAAAACCAAAAGAAGCAUUCAAUUCGUCGACUGGUGCCCUACCGGCUUCAAGGUAAAUCCCCGGAAAAUCGAUCGUUUGAAAAUUUUCCCACCGACCGCAUAACUUUGGAAAAUCUUUCUCUAAUGUCUCAGAACCAAAAUAGUCAUUAAGCCAUCCUUUGGUUUUUAAUUAUUUUAAAAAAAUCCAAAAACCCCCUCAAGAUUUUAUCUUGACUGCUCUUUUUCCAAGAGGAAUUUUUUUCAAACUCACGGAAAAAUACAUAGUUAGGCGACUUUACCGUUUCCAAAAAAACUUUCAAUUUUCAAAAAAAUCUUAGUAACGAAUGAUAAUUCUUCCAAUGACUCAAGAACUAAAAUUCAGCCCUUAUAAAAAAAUUUCAAAUCGAAAAAAAUCAGUCUUUCGAAUUUUUUUGGUUGAAACGAGAUGUUUUUUUCCACUUUCCAGAUCAAAAAUAGGUUUUUUUGCGUGAAUAAAAAAAUACUCGGAAAAAAAUCCAUCCUACUAUCUUAAAAAAAUAAGCAAUUCCCAUAGUCUUUUGACCUUAAUUGACGGAAAAAUUUUAUUUUUUUAAGGAUUGAUUUUUAUUUUUUUACUGAUCUUUUUUUCUAGGUGACUUUUUUUAAAUUCACAAAAAAACGAAAAAAUUCUUUUAUUUGAAAGUUUGGGUAAAAUGGGACAUUGCUCAGAUAAAUUUAAAGAGAUCUCCUUUUUUUUGGCUCAAACCCAGAAAAAGCUCCCAUUCUUUUAUCCAAUCUCAAAUUCCGCUAUUCAAGUCCCAAUCCACAGGUCGGCAUCAACUACCAGCCGCCAACCGUAGUCCCAGGUGGCGAUUUGGCAAAAGUCCCGCGCGCCGUUUGCAUGUUGUCCAACACUACGGCCAUCGCCGAAGCUUGGGCCCGCUUGGACCACAAAUUCGACUUGAUGUACGCUAAGAGAGCCUUCGUUCAUUGGUUAGUCAUUUCUUCAAUAAAAUAAGGUAAAUAUUCAAUAAAGGUACGUCGGAGAAGGAAUGGAGGAAGGAGAGUUCAGCGAGGCUCGUGAGGACCUCGCCGCCUUGGAGAAGGACUAUGAAGAGGUCAGUCCUGGCUCAAAACUUGAUGAGAAGUGUAAAAAAUUCAAAAAUCGGGUCAAAAGGUAUAAAGAAAAUUUGAAUCCCAUUCAAAAAAGUUUUUUUACAAUUGAAUAAUUUUAAAACCUCCAAAUAGUACUAAACUGAAUACCAAAAAUAUCUAGAUUAAGAGAUUUUUUCAGCAAUUUUUCAUCUUUCCCAUCCUCUACGUUAAAGCAGUUCAAAGAAAAACUUUGAAGUUAAAAUUAAACCCAAAAGUGGUCAAGAACGUUGAAAGUGCGCUCUAUUGACAGAUUCGAAAAUUCCUUGUUUUUUCCAAUUUUUUUCAGUCAAAUUGAGAAUUUUUUUACAAGUAUAUAGAUUCAAAAAUUCCCAAAAACCUCACGUUUGAUGAAAUCUUCAGAAACUUUCCGAUUCCUCCUUUUUCAAUCUCUAUGCUUUACAUUCGUUCUACAUUCAAGCAGUCAAAAUAAAUGAGUCUUGGUGAAAAAAAAUAAGCCCUUAUCGAUGUUGAAAGUGCGCUCUAUUGACAAAUUCGAGACUUCCUCGCCCUUUUUUUCUAAUUUCUAGUCAAGUAAAGAAUAUUUUCUUUUUUUUACAGUUCAAGAAAUCAAAAGUUUCCUAUCAGUGUGUAAUAAACGUACGAAAAUCUCAUUAUUCAAGAAAAUUUCACUUCCCCUUCUAGCAACUGUUAAAAAAAUACUUCGAAAAGAAAAAAACGCAAAAAACUUUGAAAGUGCGCUCCAUCGACAAAAUUCGAAACCUUCUCAUUCUUCCAUUUUUUUUUUGUCAAUUUCAUGGUAUUUUUCCUAAAUUUUCUUUUUCAAUUGAAAGAAUUCAAAUGAUUUCCUCGAAAUUGAUGUCCAAAAAUCGGCAUUUCUCAAAAAAAUGUCUUAACAAAAUUUUCAACUUCCCAGCUGUUAAAAAUAUACUUCGAAGGGGAAGAAUGGUCCGCCAAUAAUGUUGAAAGUGUGCUCUAUUGACAAACCUCGCAUUUUCUUGAUUUUUGCUAGUUUCUCGGACCCCGGUGGCGCAAACCGGACGUUUCUAGUAUUUCAAGUGAUCACUUAAGGAGGAUUUUGACGUCGCUAAAGAGUAAAGAUCAUGUGAUCUCUUAAGGCUUUUGACGCCGCUUAAGUGGUCACUAAAGAGUCCUCAUAAAUGGGGCGGCGUUAGUGAGGUCCGCAUUUUCAGUUCAUGAUAUUUCCAUUGAGCGUACCAGUUCUACUAUUCAAAGCCUUUUAAAAUGUUUCAAAUAAUAAAUUUCUGAGCUUCCAGGUCGGCGUCGACAGCAUCGAAGACAACGGCGAAGAAGGCGACGAAUAUUAA